AUGGACGGGCCCGGGCGGCAGCGGGGGGGUGCCCGCCGCCCACCCUCACGGUCCCGGCCUUUUCCCUGCAGGAAUUAUGAGGCUCAGAUCCGGAACUACCGAGGGCCCGACCCGCUGGAGCCGUGGGACAGGUACCUGCGGUGGGCAGAGGGAUGUCUCCCUGCCCAGGAGAAGCAGAGCCGCUGGCCCGGGCUCCUGGAGGAGCUGGUGAAGGCGUUCGUGGGCGACAAGCGGUACCAGCAGGACCCGCGGUUUGUGAGCUACUGCCUCAAGCUGGCAGAGUUCAUCUCCUCCCCUUGCCAGUACCUGGAGUACCUGCACGGGCAGGGAAUCGGAGCCACCAGCUCGGAUUUCUACCUGGCCUGGGCUCAGCUGCUGCUGAAGGAAGGAAACGUGCAGGGAGCAGGGGCUGUGCUCCAAAAGGGGCUCCUCAACCAGGCACAGCCCCGGGAGAGCCUGCAGCAGCUCCACUGGUCCCUGCAGAGUUAUGAUCCUCGGAAUCCCCCUUUGCAAGAUGCUCCUGCUGUAAAACCACUUCAGACCUCCCAUGCUGCAAAUCAGAUGGCUCCUCCAAAAGGUGUUUCAAGUCCUAAUCCCUGCAAAAAUCAGGGCCUGGAUGCUGCUGAUUCUCAAUGCUGUGGUGCUGCAAAAGAAGUGAAUUAUGUGACCUACAUCUCCAAGUCCGAGGUGGUGCCCAAGGCGGCGCCCGGCGCCGCGGGCGUGGAGCAGGUCCCCAUGUACGACAAGAACCUGCUCCUGUGCCAGGGCUCUGAGCUCUCCUUCGAGGAGCUGAGGGCCAGGAGAUACUUCAGGAAAGAUGAGCUCCUCAGGAGGCAGCAGGCACUGGAGGAAGAAAAGAAGGACUCCAUGAGGAAAAAGGAAUCGGCAUUCCUGGAACUGAAAGCCCUGCAGCAGAAGCUGGACCAGCUCACCCAGCUCUCCAGAAGCCUGGAGGAAGCAAGACUGGAACCAGCAGCUGAGCCAAGCCACAGGGUGGGUGCACACUGA